AUAGUUUUUUAUUAUUAUUUCACGAAACUGACACCUUCCUUCCAGUGCCAUGGGUUGCUUUCAAAACAGCUCUAGCUUAUAAAAUGUCUUGGGGAGGACAGUUUCAAUUUCAAAGCUAAAAUUUCUUCCCUUCAUGAAUUCUUUGACCAAACUUCUAGAUAUCAUUAAUUUCAAAAUUGGUUGCUUAACUCUCCCUCUUCCCAACAGUUCCAAAAAAAACUCUCUUAUGGCAAGGCUCCCCUUUUCUGGUCUUUCAACCAUUGCUGUUCUCAUCAUUUACCUCCAAGCUUGCAAUGCGCAGGUUAGCCAUCUCUGUGCUCCUUCUUCUUGUGGCAAUCUCCAUAACAUAAGCUAUCCUUUUCGAUUAAAAGAUGAUCCACAAAACUGCGGCUACCACGAGUAUGAAUUGUCUUGUGAGAAAAAUCAAACGGUUUUGUACUUGUAUGCCGGAAAAUACUAUGUGCAAGCAAUCAAUUACGAUAAGUCCACUCUUAGAGUCGUUGAUGCUGCUGUUCACAAGGAUAAUUGCUCCUCCCUCCCAAGAUAUUCUUUGACUGCAGCCAACUUCAGCUAUAUAGAUCCUUAUGACUUGAAUUCACCCCGGUGGAAUUUCAGUAGCAGACCACCGAAGCUUAUUCUGUUCAUGAAGUGUGCAAAUCCAGUGAAUUCUCCACUCUAUGUGGACUCUUCUCCUUGCAUUGAUGCAAAAUAUUCUUAUGUCAUGGAUAACUUUACCAGCAUAACAGAUAUUGAGAACUCCUGCAGUGUAGAGUUGAUGGUUUUGUCAUUGUUACCUGCAAGGGUUGGCAAGAACUUUUCCUUCAUGGAUAUCCAUAAUGAUCUGGUAUAUGGAUUUGAGCUUUCAUGGUCUCAAAUUUUCUGUCAAAUUUGCAGUGGUCGAGAAUUUUGCUUUCGCGAAAAUGGCAUAGAUAGGCCCACCGGCUGUUCAGAAGAUUUCUUCAGGGACUUGAGAGACAGGAUCAGAGCCAGCCGGUAUGCGAUACUGAUGAUUAUUGGAUUACUCAUAGUUGCAAAAACUAUUUGUUGCACUCCAUGUGUGAUGGCGUUCUUGAUUUAUACAUGGUCAAGGAGGCAUUUAUCAAUGUAUGACAGCAUUGAAGAAUUUCUUCAAAGUCAAAACAACUUUGCCCCAGUAAGGUACUCUUACUCUGAUAUUAGGAAGAUGACAAAUGGCUUUAAGAAUAAGUUGGGUGAAGGAGGUUAUGGCUCUGUAUACAAAGGGAAGCUUCGCAGCGGCCGCCUUGCAGCUAUAAAGAUGUUAGGGAAGUCUAAAGCAAAUGGUCAAGAUUUUAUCAAUGAAGUAGCAUCAAUUGGACAGGUUCACCAUGUUAAUGUAGUACAACUAAUUGGUUUUUGUGCUGAGAGAUCAAAACGUGCUCUUGUAUAUGACUUCAUGCCUAAUGGGUCUCUUGAUAAAUAUGUUUUUUCUCGAGAAGGGCAUGCAUACUUAAGUUGGAAAAAAAUGCAUGAGAUAUCUCUCGGAGUGGCCCGCGGCAUUGAUUAUCUUCACAGGGGUUGUGAGAUGCAAAUUUUACAUUUUGACAUAAAACCUCAUAACAUUCUUCUUGAUGAGAAUUUUGUUCCAAAAGUUUCUGACUUUGGGCUUGCAAAACUUCACAAAACAAGCGACAAUACAGUGUCUCUUACUGCAGCAAGAGGAACAAUAGGAUAUAUAGCACCAGAAUUGUUCUACAAAAACAUUGGUGGUAUUUCAUACAAGGCUGAUGUUUAUAGUUUUGGAAUGUUGUUAAUGGAAAUGGUUGGAAAGAAGAAGAAUUUGAAUGCAGAGGCAGAACAUUCCAGCCAAACCUACUUCCCCAAUUGGGUAUAUAACGAAGUAGUUGAUGGAAAAGUUGCGAUUAGAAAUGGCACAAAGGAUGAAGAGAAAAUAGCAAAGAAAAUGAUUACAGUAGCAUUAUGGUGCAUACAAAUGAAGCCUGGUGAUCGCCCUUCAAUGAAUAAAGUUGUAGAGAUGCUUGAAGGAGAUUUGGGAAGUCUAGAGAUACCUCCCAAACCUACUAUAUAUCCAGAAGAAACACCAAUAAAGACGGGAGAAAAUACAGAUGAAACAUGGUCAUCAUCUAUGUUACUUGAUUCUUCUGAAUCGAUUAGCUUACUCAUAAAUUCAAAUUGAAAAUGGAGAGGGGGAACUGCCUUGUCCAGUUUUCCACAAAGAAUGAAGUUAGUUUUCUCCUAUAUAUGGCUAGAACAAAAGUUCAGCUUCAAGAUUUCUUUUUUUAUUUUGGAAAGAGAAGUUGAACAAGCUGGCUAAAUUUUCUUGAUCAUUUUGUCCUUAUCAAUAGUAUGUAUCAAAUGAUUAAAAAUAGAGAGCGAGCUUAACCAAUUUCUCCAUGCCAUGAAAAUGUUCUGUUGCCUCCAUACUCGAGAGCAAAUAUGAACAUCUCACAUUACUUGUAAAUGGAGGCCAAAAUGUUGAAAGGAAGAAAGAUAACUCACUACUCA